UUUCUUAAUCAAAAUUCUAUAACUAAGAAUCAGAGUGCAGAUCAAUUUGGACGAACUAAACGAAUUCUGCAACAAUGGUCAACUGUUGUGUUCCGGGUUGUACAAAUUACUCGUCGAAGUCAAAAUCUUCAGGUGUUAGUUUCCACCUUAUUCCGAAAGACCCCUCCCGUCAAAAGGCAUGGAUUGCUAGAAUACGGAGAGAAAAUCUACAUCCUCUCCAAUACUGUUACGUUUGCAGCGAGCACUUUGCUCCCGAUUGUUUUGAAUCGGACCUGAGACAGAAACUUACACCAUGGCAACCUUUAAAAAGGCGACUGAAGCGGGAUGCAGUACCAUCGAUCUUUUCAUUUGGCCCUCAACCCAGUAAAAAGCGUCUGUCUAGCGAGCAUCGUACACAGAAACGUCAGGCUGAUCAAGACAAGGAGGAACUUUCAAAUAUUUUAGAACAAUGUUCCUCCACAAGUACAAAUGUUUUCUCAGUGGUUGAGCCUGAAAAAAAUAACAGUUGUGAUUUGGGUGCGUCUGACAGUCCUGAAGCAUUGCCAACUAAUUAUUGCAAGCCAGAAACCAAAGAUGCAUCAACACAGUGUUCAUUUGUUGUGAGGAGUUUACAUGCCAUGGAAGUCCAAACUACACUGUCGAUGCUGAAUACUGUGGAUGCAGAGGUUCAAGUUGAGGAAUCUUGCUUUGAAAGCAACACCUCAAUUUAUGAACAGUUCUAUUCUUCUGAUUUUGAAGAAGCAUCAUCACAGAUAACAGAAGAGUCUUGUGAUAAUGUUCACGACGACUGGUUCACUCAGGUGUCAGAAGACUCUACAACAGAUGAUGAAGCAAUCCAAAUUGAACCCCAAGAGGAAAAGAAAUAUAUAGUUUUCAAGUCCUGUCUGAUUAGUCUUCUUUCAAAGUGUCUUUCUUGUGGAGAGACAGUAAUUGAAUGUGAAGAAAACACUGUAGGUAGUUUGCUAUCAUUUAAUCUUUUUUGUAUAAAUGGUCAUCACACAACAUGGACAUCUCAACCACUCAUAAGGAAUGUCCCAGCUGGAAAUUUGCUUUUGGCUGCAUCAACUUUAUUUAGUGGAAACACUUAUGAAAGAAUCAGCCAAUUUGCAUCUUUCAUGAAUCUCGAAUUUAUUGGAAAACCAGUUUUACAGCUUUCAAAAGCAGUAUCUUUUCCUGUUGUUGACAAAGGUUGGAAAGAGGAGAAAUCAGCUGUUAUUGCCGAAGCUAAGAAGUCUGGUAGUCUUAAUGUGAAUGGUGAUGGUCGAUGUGAUAGCCCAGGGCAUAAUGCCAAGUAUGGUACUUAUACAAUGAUGGCUGACUCUGGAAAUGAUGACUUGACCCAUUGGAUUAAGUCCAUUUCUAAUCAUCUUUGGUGGUGCUCUGCAAGUUGUAACAAGAAUGCAGAAGAAUGUGGAAAAUGGAAGUCUGUCCUUAACCACAUUUCCAACAAGCAUUUCUGGAAGGGGAACACAUAUUUUCAUCAAUGUUGCCACCAACAAUUAACAGAAAAAGAAACAAAGCAGAAGAAGUGGUUAUCUCCUACUUCACAAGCAUAUAUCGCUGCAGAGAAGGUGAUAUGUGACAAGAGGCUUCUAAAAGACCUGCGGAAGCUAUCUGAGUUUUGUCACACAGGAGAGUUGGAGGUUUACCAUUCCCUUUUACUGAAAUAUUGCCCAAAGCGAGAGCAUUUUUCAUUUCCUGGGAUGGUAGCCCGCACUCAGUUAGCAGCAUUAGAUCACAACAACAAUAUUAAACGUGAUAAAGCAGUUAUUAAGUCAGGGACAAACAAAGGGCAAGACCGUUACAAAAUGAUUUUUGCUAAAACACAGAAGCAAUGGGUUGUAAAAGCAAUGAAAGAA